AUGCUAGGAGGACGGAAUAGAAGACUAGAAAGUAGUUCUAGUUUUCUUUUCGAAGAAAUCUGAAGAUCAUGAGCUUCAUCAGAAAGCUACGAUGUUCUUGUUCAUGUUGAUGUUCAUGAUAACGACAAGUAAAUCAUUUCUUGCUAUUGAACAUGAUUAUAAUUUUGCAGAAAGUUUAUUCGAAAACCUCAUUGUACAGAAGUAGUUACUAGUCCAACAUUUUUCUCCCGCAGUAGCAUUUACAUUUUCUAAAAUUGAAGAAUCUGAAUCGUUUUGCAUACUGGGUCGGUCCCAAGGACAGCACAAACACACAGAUACACACACGACGUGCCACCGCAAAUUACGAUCACUUCUUCACUAUCACGCAGAGACUCAACUUCAUUUUCAACCGAACGAUAAAAGAAACUCGAGCCGUUAUUUCGAAUUUUUCCUUUGCUUUUGAUCAUUGAUCAUUCUGAUUGAUAAAGACCCGAGUUCAAUAUCAAUGAAUUCUCCACAUGGUGCUCGAUGAACGAGACAGUUUCACUACGAAAGCAGAAGAACAAGCUUAUGCUCAGUAACAUGAAAGAGAAAGCAGCGAAUCUUCGCGUUCGCCCAAC